GCCCGUCCCUUUUAGGGCUCCUUCCCAGACACUCUCGUCUCCUCGUCUCGCGGCUUCGAGGAAGGCGAAUCGGCGAAGCGAAGCGGUUCGGAAUCCCUCUUAUCCUCGGUCACAUCUCCCAAUCUGUCGAUCGAUCUCCUCUUAUGCGAUCAGAAACUUCGCUUCAGAUCAAUCCCCCGUCUCCGUCUCCAUCUUGAUCUAAUUUUGAAGUGAUUGAACGGAGAGGCGGAGAUAGGGAAAGGGGAUGGCUGCGGUGGAUCUGACGGGGGGGGCGAUAGCGGCAAUCUCGGAAGGGCGGGUGAAGGACGGCGUCAAGCCGGUGGUGCAGGUAUGGGAGGUGAAGCUGGUGAACACGCAACAGAGCACCACGGAGAGGUACCGGAUGCUGCUGUCUGAUGGGGCUCACAUGCAGCAGGCAAUGCUCGCGACGCAGAUGAACGACCUUGUCAAGUUGGGGGCCCUCCAGAAGCACUCGAUCGUCCGACUCAACGAGUUCAUCUGUAACGUCAUCCAGAAUCGCAGAAUCAUUAUCAUCAUCAACUUGGAAGUGCUUGUCAGCAAUAGUAAUGUUAUUGGAGAACCAAAACUGUAUGACAAUGGUUCCGCUUCACAAAACCGAGUUCCCAGUCCUGUUCAGUCAACCAGUGCGGAUCAACCAGUAAUAGCUGCAGCAAACCCUCAAAAUUAUGGUGGUAUACAUUCUAGCACUCCUAACAUCGGUCAAAAUGUCACAAAGGGGCCUUCUCUUAAUCCUGCGACAGAGGCCGUGACAACCAACUCAUCUUUUGGUGGUUCUUAUGGAAAUGGUGUCAUGUCAACAAGGAACACGAACAGUGUACCUAGUGAACACCCAAAAUCUGAACAGGGUGUGGGGAGGAUUUCUGAAUCACAUCCAAACAGUGGUUACCAGAACCAGAGGCUCUCAAGUUCAGCAUCUGUUGGAGCUUUUCGCCCUCCUGCUAGUUCUUAUGGGCACCCAGUUCAGCCAGCCUAUCAGCAGCCACCACCAAUGUACACAAAUAGAGGACCUAUAGCCAAGAAUGAAGCUCCUGCACGGAUCAUUCCGAUUGCUGCUUUGAAUCCUUACCAGGGCAGAUGGACAAUUAAGGCGAGAGUGACAACCAAGGGUGAACUAAGGCGUUAUAGUAAUCCGAGGGGUGAAGGAAAAGUGUUUUCUUUUGAUCUUCUGGAUUCAGAUGGUGGAGAAAUACGUGUGACCUGCUUUAAUAUGGUAGCUGACCAGUUCUAUGACCAGAUUGAGGUGGGGAAAGUGUACCUGAUUUCUAAAGGAAGCUUGAAGCCUGCACGGAAGAGUUUUAAUCACCUGAACAAUGAAUAUGAAAUCUUUCUGGAGUCUCAAUCGGUGAUCCAGCCUUGUUCAGAGGAAGACAACACUAUCCCAAGACAACAGUUCAACUUUCGGCCAGUAAAUGAAGUUGAAGGCUUGGAAAACAAUUCCAUGGUUGAUGUUAUUGGCAUUGUGGUGUCAAUAAAUCCUUCAGCUUCAAUAAUGAGGAAAAAUGGCAUGGAAACCAAUAAACAAACUCUUCAGCUGAAGGACAUGUCGGGUCGUAGUGUGGAAGUAACAUUUUGGGGAAAUUUUUGUAGCAUAGAGGGACAACAGCUGCAACGUUUGUGUGACUCUGGUGUAUAUCCUGUAUUGGCCAUUAAAGCUGGUAGAGUCAGUGAUUUUAGUGGGAAGUCAAUUGGUACUAUUAGCUCAAGUCAACUAUUUAUAAACCCUGAUUUUCCCGAGGCUCACAGAUUGAAAGACUGGUAUAACAGAGAAGGGAAGAACAUGUCUGCCCUGUCAAUAUCCAGGGAUACAACAACCAUGAGCAGGACUGAUGUCGUCAGGAAGACAGUCUCGCAGAUCAAGGAUGAAGGCUUAGGAAGAUCUGAGAAGCCUGACUGGAUAACUGUCAAGGCAACCAUUACGUUCAUAAAGGUCGACAACUUCUGCUAUACAGCUUGUCCAUUAAUGGUGGGGGACAGGCUAUGCAAUAAGAAAGUUAACAACAAUGGUGAUGGCACUUGGCAUUGUGACCGGUGUGAUCAGAGUUUUCCUGAGUGUGAGUAUAGGUAUCUGCUCCAGUUUCAGAUACAGGAUCAUACAGGUAUGACAUGGGUCACAGCAUUCCAAGAAGGUGGUGAGGAAAUAUUGGGUGUCACCGCAAAGGAGCUGUACUCGUUGAAAUAUCAAGAACAAGAUGAUUUGAAGUUUGCAGAAAUCAUUCGGAGAGUCCUCUUCCAUCAACAUUUAUUCAAGUUGAAAGUUAAGGAGGAGACAUUUAGUGAUGAACAACGUGUAAAGUCAACCGUUAUCAAAGCUGAGAAAGUAAACCCAUCAUCGGAGAGCAUAUACCUACUAGGUCUGAUUGAGAAGCUUUUGACUGAAGAUCCCAAUGUAGUUUCUGGGAUGCAUGGAACUUUUGCUUCAACUUCUGGAAUGUCUAGUGUUGCCUAUGGCACGGUAGAAUCUAACAAUAGUGUCCAUUCUGUCACCAAUAACUUUGGCAGUAAUAACAGUCAGUUAGGGAAGCAUGAGAAUGAAUAUGGUAGCAAUGGCAGGCCUUUUUUUUCUAAAAAUGAAGUUCAAGCAUUCUGCAACAGUUGUGGCUCCACUAGUCACACUUUCCACAACUGUCCAAGAGGUGUAAAUCGGCAGGGUCAAUCCAUUGGAGGUGGAUUCUCAAACAGUGGUUCCAACGUUUGUUUUAAAUGCCAACAACCCGGGCAUUGGGCCAGUGAAUGUCCCGGACUAGGCGUUGCCACAUCAGCAUAUGGAAUUGGUGGUGCAUCGGGAAGAUUUAACAGGCAACAUAGUGGGUUCUGAAAUUUUGUACUGCUUGACAAAUUUUGUCAUGGUCAAAAGAGUAGACCGGUGAGUUAUCAGCAAACUGUUGCCAUCUUUGUAGUGUUUUGUGUACAGUGGAAUGGCCGUAGCGAUGUAGUUCAAUGUAAUCUGCUGAUGCUUAGUUGCCAACUGAACUGCUGAUAGCUAUUUCCUUGAAUCAAUUCCAGAAGCUUUGAUGUA